AUGACUGGCCAGAUGCUCGCUUUCGACAAGCAUAUGAACCUCGUCCUCGCCGACACGGAAGAGUUCCGGGUCGUGAAGCGCAAAAACAAAUCAGGCGCCCCGGGAACCGACCAGAUCGUCCAAUCUGAGGAGAAACGCACGCUAGGACUGACGAUUGUCCGCGGCACCAACAUCAUGUCGGUGUCUGUCGAAUCUCCUCCUCCUGCCGAUCCCAGCGCAAGACUGGGGAAAAGCACGACUGGCAUAUCGUCGACCCUUGCCGCCGGUCCGGGCGUUGCCAAACCAGCCGGUCGUGGAGCUCCCCCAACCUCUCUAGCCGGCCCUGCUGCUGGUGUUGGAAGUGGUGCUCCUCCUGCAGGAUUCCCUGGUUUCCCAGGCGCAGCCCCUGCUGCUCCCUUCGGACGUGGUGGACCUCCUCCUGGGUUUCCGGGCCAGUGGCCGCCUCCAGGUUUCCCUGCCGACUUUCGACCCCCUGGCGCUGGUUUCCCUGGUGCGCCUGGCGGUCCCCCCGGUGGUCCUCCAGGUGGUCCUCCUGGUUUCAACCCACCUCCUCGCAGAUAA